AAUUUAUAAAGAUAAUUUCAAAAAAAUGUCAUUGUUCAACGAAUGAUUUACUUAUUUUGGACGUUAAAAUGUAUCUACAUUUUUUGAGGUAACGUUAAACAACAGAAUAUAUUGUAUAAAAAACAUUUAAUGCUACGGUUUAUAUAACGUUUUUUAUACUAAAAUGGAGCAUAACGGGAAACAAACUGAUUGUCCUAAUCCCGAAUAUAAGAGAUCGUCAGAAGUAUGUCAGUUAUAUGUACCACCACAUCUUCCUUUUUCACCAUCCAACUUAGACUUAAAAGUACCACACGAAAUGAAAUCACGAAAUUCUGUAAUUAUGAAAGACAGUCACACGAGUACUUAUCAAAUAGGUUAUCCGCUUAAACAUUGGGAAACAAAUCAGAUUAGCUUUGGUAUGCCUAAACAAUCAUUAAAAAUUCAAUAUUUAUCGACGCUUGACAAAAAAUUUUUCAGAAAUCCACCGAAACCAUUUAAAACACUUCUAUCAGAAACCAAGAGUAAAUAUACGGUUAAACAAAAUCCACACCAACAUUUCCGUAGAGAAUUAUGUCCGAGUCGAGAUUCAUAUUGUGAGCUAAAAGAUUUGGGUAAAGAUUUUCAACCAUUUUUUCCUCCUGAAGAAGCAAAUUUUGUUAAGUAUAUGGAUCCGUAUUUAACAACAAAUCGUGAAUAUCAUCACCCGUUCACUUUAAAUCAAUGGAAUGGUAUUGCGAAAAAAAAUUCGUUCACUAAUUAUGAUUUUAUAGAUCCACCAAUUCCUAAAUGUAAAGGUUUUGGUGUCAAGAAUCCACCGCAUUUAGGGUCGUUAUAUCCGAAUAAUGCUGAUAUUAUGUAUGAUAAAAUUCCAUUUAGGCAUACUGCAAAAUUGACGCAGAUUCCACGAACUGAGAAAGUAACUUUACAGCAAGGAAGAACUACUGAAACAAUGGAUAAAUAUACAACACCAUCUGAGUCGCCUUUAUUCACUGAAAGUUUAAAAAAAAUUGAGUAUCAUAUGAGUCAACCAGAUCCAAGUUGGAGUUAUUUAGAAAUACUAAAUAACAAACGUAUAUACAAUCCAGAGAGUAAAUUUUAUGGUUCUAAUGUAUCAACUGUUACUGUUUUAGAACCAAGUUCAAAAAAACAUUUUCGAAAAUAA